CAUGGUAUGAAAUCCUCAACACUACUACCCUAUCUCCACACUGGCAUUCCUGUACUUUAUUUUGCAUCUUAGGUUGAGUUCAUAUGUGCGUUGGAGCUAUAGAGUUUGUUCCAGACACAAACAAUGAUGCUAGAUGGGCGAUGCACAACGCACACCAAUGGGUACCAAUGACUUUGAAUGGGGUCUCUUGAGUUUUCAUCUGGUGUCCAUUGUUUUGCAGUAUUUUUUUUUCUCCGCUCAGGUCCUGUCAUUUGAGAGGAGUCAGUGAAUGGAGCUUCAGUACUUAAAGAAGCCCACACACAAAAAUGUACAAAUAUGCAAAUAUUGCAGUGUUAGCCACGUCCCUUUGAGGCAUCUUUUUAUCAAACAUAGGGUGCAUAGUCCAUUUCCUAUUUUCACAUUCUACACACAUUUCUUUAAUAUAGUUGCUCAUUCCUGUACAUAAGUGGAUGAUAGAUAAAUAUCAGCUAGAUAUUCGCGAUGACAUCACGGCUCCUCAGUCCAUAUGGACAGGACACCUUUCAGUCAAAACAAACUAACCAAAAGAGCGGCGCGUGACGUCCACAGUAAGAAAAAGAAAAACAACCGACACUUUCUACACGGUCCCUUGAAGGUCCCAACGGUCGUUUUCAUGUUGUGAGAGUUUGGUUCGUCCUCCAGCGCUGUCGUCACUUUAUCCGCCUCCCCUAAGGCUGCACACCAACUCGGCUUCUCCUUCCUAUUGUUUCCCGCCGCGGCCGCGCCACGGUCCCCACAGAAGCGCGCGCUCUGUUACCACCCUCCCUUCCAAGAGCGGUUUCCUUCUCUCGUGCUCGGUCACGUCGGGCCUCUCCGCCGAUACGUCCGCGAGCAUGUCGCGGGGUCGCGCUCCUCUCUGUGCGAGGUGCAGGCCCGGCCUGUAAUACCUGCGGCCGACGCUAAGGGGUCGCUGUUCUGCGCUUUUUGCCCCCCUCACCACCACCAGCAGCAGCAGGAGCAGCAGUGGCCGCCGCGGCCUUAGGUCUUUUUGUCUGUGAGGCAGAGUGAGGAGCGCUCGAUUCCGCGGCAGCUCAGCUCGGCCGCCUCUGCGCGGGUACAUGAGAGAGAAGGCACCGGCGGGAGACCGCAGGAGGCCGCGGACAGCAGCGCCCACGGAGCCCAGCCACCGGCACAAGGCGCUAACACAAAGGGAGACUGGGAGCCUGCAGCGGCCCGGCAAAAACAUGCUCCGUGUCAGGAUCCAGUCAGCCGGCUGUCCGUGCUAAGGAAGGGACACCAUCGUGAGAAGCGAGCAGCCCGGUCAGCGGCGGCCCCAACCUCCGCCGUCAACGAACACUUCUCGACGUGAAAGCUCCCUCUCUGCCCGCGGCCUUAACUUUUCCGUGUGUGUGUGAGCCCCCCCUCCUCCUCCUGUGUCCCCGGACCGGCUCCCCUGCUCCUGCCAGCGCCUCCUGUGCGGUCCAUGAGCGGGCUCGGGCCGGCCGCUGGCUCCCUCCUCUCCUGAGAGCCGAGGAGCGGGAGGCCGCCACCCCCUCGCCUCCGAGCCGCUUGCCUCCCGCAUUUACUGUGUGUAACGCUCUCCGCACCUCCCCGACAUCGCUAAUCGGUUAUCUGAGGACACCCCGGGGUCGCCCUGUCUCCGGCAGCCUGCCCUGACGAUGUCUAACUCGACGGUAAAAUCGGAGCCAGUCCAGCGGAGGAAGGGGCUGGCUUUCCUGGAUGAGCUGCGGCAGUUCCAUGAGAGCAGAGGGUCCCGCUUCCGGAAGAUCCCUGCAGUGGGGGGCAGGGAGCUGGACCUGCACUCCCUCUACACCAGGGUCACUACUUUGGGAGGCUUUGCAAAGGUCUCCGAGAAGAACCAGUGGGGAGAAAUAGUAGAAGAAUUUAGCUUUCCACGGGGUUGUUCCAAUGCUGCCUUUGCUUUGAAACAGUAUUACUUGCGAUACUUGGAAAAAUAUGAGAAAGUACAUCACUUUGGUGAAGAUGAUGAUGAAGUCCAGCCUGGUAAUCCCAAACCUCAGCUUCCUAUUGGUGCAAUACCAUGCACGUACAACUACCAGCAGCACGUUGUACCAGAUUAUUUGCGUCAAAGUUAUGGGCUUACAAUGGACUUCAAUACACCAAAUGAUUACAACAAACUGGUGCUUUCGCUAUUAUCGGGGCUCCCAAAUGAAGUGGACUUUGCAAUAAAUGUUUGCACCCUACUGUCCAAUGAAAGCAAGCAUGUUAUGCAGCUUGAAAAGGACCCAAAAAUUAUCACGUUGUUGCUUGCAAAUGCUGGUGUGUUUGAUGAUACUCUGGGAACAUUUUCUGCUGUGUUUGGUGAUGAAUGGAAGGAAAAAACUGAUCGUGAUUUUGUUCAGUUCUGGAAGGAUAUAGUUGAUGACAAUGAAGUACGUGACCUCAUAUAUGACAAAUGCAGAUCUCAAGAAGGAACAUCUCCAGAAUCCUUAUGGGACUCAUUAUUUCAUCCUCCUAGAAAGCUAGGUAUUAAUGAUAUUGAAGGACAACGUGUUCUCCAGAUAGCAGUAAUUUUGCGCAAUCUUUCCUUUGAAGAGAGCAAUGUUAAACUUCUGGCAGCUAAUCGGACUUGUCUCCGCUUCUUGUUACUGUCCGCUCAUAGUCACUUUAUUUCUCUUCGACAACUGGGACUUGAUACACUGGGGAAUAUAGCUGCAGAGCUUCAGUUGGAUCCUGUUGACUUCAAAACCACUCACCUAAUGUUCCAUACAAUAACAAAAUGCCUAAUGUCACGGGAUAGAUUCUUAAAAAUGAGAGGCAUGGAAAUCUUAGGUAAUUUAUGUAAGGCUGAAGAUAAUGGAGUUCUUAUUUGUGAGUAUGUGGAUCAGGACAGCUACAAGGAAAUAAUAUGCCAUCUUUCUCUACCGGAUGUACUACUUGUGAUCUCUACUCUUGAGGUGCUCUAUAUGCUUACAGAACUGGGAGAAGUAGCUUGUGUCAAGAUAGCAAAUGUAGAACGAAGUAUAGAUACCUUGGUGUGUCUUAUUUCAAUGGAUAUUCAAAUGUUUGGACCUGAUGCAUUAACGGCAGUGAAACUUAUUGAACAUCAAAGCUCCAAUCAUCAAGUGGUUUCUGAAAUUCGUCCACAAACAGUGGAACAUGUUAGCACUUCUGCUAAUUCAAGCCCUGCUUCAGCUUCCAGACCAGUUAAUGCGCAUGCAGUGCCACCUCCUGGAAUUGUGGAAAUAGACAGUGAAAAGUUUGGAUGUCAGUGGUUAAAUGCGCAUUUUGAAGUGAACUUGGAAACGUCAGUGUCAAGGUCAGAGAUGUAUUCUGAAUACCUCUCAACUUGUAGUAAAUUGGCUAGAGGUGGAAUUCUAACUUCAUCUGGAUUCUACAAAUGUCUACGAUCGGUAUUCCCAAACCACAAUAUCAAGAGAGUAGAAGAUCCAAACAACAAUGGACAAGCUCAUAUUCAUGUGUCUGGUGUUAAACGAAGGACUUUACCACUCCCGAUCCAGAUGUACUAUCAGCAGCAACCAGCUUCUAAUGUGGUAUCGGACACAAAUGCUUCAGGAGUACCACAAGGAGCAGGAAAUCCCUUCCAGAGAACCGUAGCAGCUAACCCAGCUACUAAUCUAACUGCAACACAAAUGUCGUUUCCUAUUCAAGGUGUCCACAGUGUGGCUCAAACAGUUUGUCGCAUGCCACAGAAUCCCCACGGCCAGGCCCAACAACAACAGAAUACCACAGUGACUGUAAUUCAGAAUAAAGCUCCAAUUUCGUGUGAAGUGGUUAGAGCUGCAGUAAUACAAGGUUCUGUUCAACAUUCAGCAGUUCCUGUCAGUAUAGCUUUGGGAGGAUCAACACAAGCUUCACUAGUUCAUAAUCACCACAAUCCAGGGCAACAGGCUUCUGUUACAGUUGUGGGUUCUCAGGCCUUGUUUCACCAUCCCUCUGUCAUUCAGCAGCAAUCGCCUUUACACACUGUGGUACCUGGUCAGUUAACAUCAGGAACUCCAGUGGCAGUCAUACAACAAACUGUACCUCAAGGUCAUAUAUUUGGCAGGGUGCAAAGUAUGCCAGCAGGUACAUCUGGACUUCCACAAGGUCAGCAAUUACUCACCACAUCAUCACAAACUGUUCAUGUCCCAUCCCAACAAUCCCCAGCUUCCAACCAGCAGAAGGAUACAGUUAUCAUAACGCCACAACAAUAUGUGACCACUUCAUCUUCUAACAUUAUGUCAGCUUGUACAACUGUACAAAGUUUCCAAGUCGCAGCAGGGCAAGUGGUUACAAUAGCUGGUGUUCAAAAUCCUCAGACCUCUAGAAUUGGAUUUCAAAACAUUGCCCCAAAACCUCUUUCUUCUCAACAAGUAUCCUCAACAACAGUAGUCCAACAACCAUUGCAGCAGCAACCCCAGCAAAGUGUAGUAAUUGUAAGCCAACCAGCUCAGCCUGGUCAAGCAUACGCACCAGCCAUUCACCAAAUAGUUCUUACUAAUCCAGCUGCUAUUCAGGCUGGACAAACUGUUCAGUUAACUGGACAGACAAAUAUAACUCCUUCCUCUUCUCCAGUACCAACUCCAAAUAACCAGCUCCCGCCUGUAAUGACUUCUCCCUCUACCACUUCUGUUUCACAAGGGCCCCCUCCUACUGUUAGCCAAAUGCUUUCUGUAAAAAGGCAGCAGUUGUCACCAGCACCUCACCAACAGCAGCAAGUACAAGCUCAGCAACAACCACAGGCACAACUGCAAGCUCAGCCAUCCCAACAGGUUCAGCAGCAGCAGACCCAAAGUGGAGGUGUUGGACUUUCUAGUCCUGCGGAGUCCAGCCUAAUCAAACAGUUGUUACUUCCCAAACGAGGACCUUCAACUCCCGGGGGAAAGCUUAUUCUCCCUGCUCCACAGAUACCACCUCCCAACAAUGCACGAGCACCAAGCCCUCAGGUGGUGUAUCAAGUAGCCAAUAAUCAGACACCUUCUUUUGGUGUGCAAGGACAGACUGCAUCUCCACAAAUACUUGUUGGGCAACAAAAUGUGCAGUUAGUUCAAAGUGCAAUGCAGAAUCAAGCAGGUGUACAGACUGUUCCAAUUUCAAAUUUGCAGAUUUUGCCAGGCCAAUUGAUAUCAAACUCUCCAGCAACAAUAUUUCAAGGAGCCACUGGCAACCAAGUCACAAUAACAGUUGUGCCAAACACGAGUUUUGCUACUGCAACUGUAAGCCAGGGAAGUACACCUCAAAUUAUUGCACCAAUGAGUGGGACACAACCUGGAGUUGGGUUACAGGUACAAACACUUCCAGCUGCUCUUACACAACCGGGAGGGCAGUUGCCAGGAUCUGCUUCUUCUCCCCCUUUUAAGGGUGAUAAAAUUAUUUGCCAAAAGGAGGAAGAAGCAAAGGAAGCUACAGGCUUGCACGUGCAUGAACGUAAAAUUGAAGUAAUGGAAAACCCUUCUUGUCCAAAAGGCUCUGUUAACACCAGCAAUGGGGAGACUAAUGAAAAUGAAGUGCUAAUGGGAAACCUUUUGAAUGGUAAAAAGUGUGACUCCAGUCUACCUCCUUCAAACUCAGGAAAAACUCCGAAUGAGGCCAGUCAAGUGGUCACUAAUGGGUCAUCUUUGGAACUGGGGGAAAAUGGAGCUUCUUUAAAACAAAACUCAGAACAGCGGGAUAUACAGGAUGGUAAAACGGACUUUAAAAAGCCACAGCUUAAUGGGGUUUGUGAUUUUGAAAAGGUGGACUGUUCUCAUUUGAGCAAAAACAUUCCUAAUCACAAAGCUUCCAAUCAUGUAGGAAAUGGUGAAAUAUCCCCAAUGGAGCAACAGGACCUUCUAGAUUGUUCUCAAGUUACUGCCAAAGGUGAUCAAGGGGAAAAACUUUCAAAUGGACCUAUAUUGCCCAACAGUUUGUCACAUUUUGCAAGUAGUACAAAUGAUGUUUCAAACCUUGCAAUCCAGAUACAGUGUGGGAAUUCAGCAGAUUUACCCAAUGGACCUGUAGUUUCCAGUUUGAAUUCAGAUGUGCCUCAGCAACGUCAGACUGUUGUAGUUUCAACCCAGUCUACGGCUUCUGUUUUAUCGGGUCAUCAAGUUAUUGCAGUGCCCCAUAUAGGAACUAGGAUAACUCCACCUGCAUUGCCUGCAGAUACACGCUCUACGAAUGGCACAGCAGAAUGCAAAGCUGUUAAACGACCAGUAGAGGACAAUGACAGGGAAUCUGUCCCAGUUAUUCCCAAUAAAGUGGGAGUAAGGAUUGUUACAAUCAGUGACCCUAAUAAUGCUGGCUGUAGUGCAACCAUGGUCGCUGUGCCAGCAGGUGUUGAUCCAAGCACUGUAGCUAAAGUAGCAAUAGAAAGUGCUGGUCAGCAAAAGCAGCAGCACCCACAUACUUUUGUACAGACAGUUGUUGCACAGACUACACCAAUAACAGCACUACCAGCAUUACAAGUUCAAGGCCACCUAGUUGGUUCCCAGUCCUCUCCAUAUCCUUCUACAACAACGGCUACAACAGGUCACCCUACAGAACAAGUAAAGAAACCGGGGCAAAAUUUCAUGUGCCUGUGGCAGUCGUGCAAAAGGUGGUUUGAAACUCCGUCCCAAGUGUUCUACCAUGCUGCAACAGAGCAUGGUGCUAAAGAUGUAUAUCCUGGGCAGUGCCUGUGGGAAGGCUGCGAACCCUUUCAGAGACAGAGGUUUUCUUUUAUCACUCACUUACAGGACAAACACUGCUCAAGAGAGGCCCUCCUCGCUGGAUUAAAACAAGAGGAGCAGAUCCAAGGCGGAAAUCAAAAAUCUUCCAAUAAACAACCCUCUUCAGGGACGCCCAACCCUCGCGCUCAAAAAGCAAUUGUGAACCAUCCAAGUGCUGCCCUCAUGGCACUCAGGCGGGGAUCAAGGAAUCUUGUUUUUAAAGACUUUACAGAUGAAAAAGAGGGACCAAUCACAAAACACAUCCGUUUAACAGCUGCCUUAAUAUUAAAAAAUGUUGCAAAACACUCAGAAUGUGGUCGAAGAUCAUUAAAGAGACAUGAAAAUCACUUAUCGGUUCUAGCCCUUAGUAAUAUGGAAGCUUCCUCUACACUUGCCAAAUGCCUUUAUGAACUUAAUAAUACAACUCAUAGUACAGAACAAGAAACGGACUGUGAAAUGAUGCAGUAGAGGAGAGCCCAAUGUUCAGCUAGGACUGUGGUAACCACAUUACAUUUCAAAUACUGUUACUGAAGAAAGCACUAAGUCUUAAUGGAGAUCAUAGAUUGCAUUGCUAUUUCCUCCCAAACUGUGCAGUGAGGAAGCAUCCCCUUUAGAUCACUGACAGAAUCCCUUUGUUCUGUGUAAGAAGACGGAAAGUAACUGCCAUUGGGAUUUUUAACCAGCGGUCUGCGGGAUGUAUUACACAUUUGGUCAGUCCUGAAGGAAACUGGUGCAUUCAAAAGUCAGUACCAUCCACAUUGGAGUAUACUUGGAAGCGUUGUAAAAACCUACAUGAGAUGAUAAAAUAGAAGCAUUAAAUAUUUUUAUCUUUAUCCAAAAAAAAGGAGCACAUUUUUAUAUUUACAAA